CCAGACACAUUCCCAUUUUUUUCUCAUUCUCCAUCUUUCUUCCCCCUCUUUCCAUUUGUUUAACUUUUUGUUCACAACUCUCUUGUUUCUUCAUUGGUUCUUCUUAAUCAAGAUUGAUCAAGAUUCAAUCUUGGUGGAGGGUAACUGAAAAAGAGAGUUAAAGAUUCAAUUUUUUUCCAUUCUUGAUUUGGGUUUUUUCAGUAAUCAAGAUUGAUCAAGAUUCAAUCUUGGAGAGGGUUAAAGAUUCUAGUUUUUUUUUUCAUUCUUGAGUUGGGGUUUUUCAGUUAUCAAGAUUGAUAAAGAUUCAAUCUUGGUGGAGGGUAACUGAAGAAGAAGGUUAAAAAUUGUAUUUUUUUUUUCAUUCUUGAUUUGGGGGUUUUAGUAAUCAAGAAAAAGAAAUGGCAAUCACUGAUGAGAACAAACCUGCCUUGAUUAAGCCAUCUGCUGUUCAAGUGAAAGGUGGGGCUGAAAUGGCUACCAGAAAGGUUGUUGGAGUGGAAACAAGAAGCAACCGAAGGGUUUUGGGCGCGAUUAAUCAGAAUUUAGUGGGUGGUCAGGGAUAUCCUUGUGUUGUUAACAAGAGAGGAUUAUCUGAUGAAAAUGGAAUCUGUGACAAGAAUCUUCCUGUUCAUGGUCAUCGACCCAUCACGAGGAAAUAUGCAGCACAAAUUGCUAGCUCCCAGAAGCACAGCUCAGAGGAAAACAAGAAACCUAAGAUAGCAGCUGAAAGUUUCAGUGUCUGGGAGGAUGAUAUGGAGGAGAAUGAGGCAGCUAAUGAUAAGCCUGUCCCUAUGUCUUUGGAGCAAACUGAAAAAGUGUCAAAGGGCAAGGAUCAAAUGGAGGUUGAAAUGGAGGAUAUCUUUGAGGAGGCUGUAAUAGAUAUCGACGGUGAUGAUGCAAAGAACCAUCUUGCAGCUGUUGAAUAUGUGGGAGAUUUGUUUGCUAACUACAGAACAAUGGAGGUUUAUAGCUGUGCUUCUCCAAACUAUAUGGCACAACAGGUUGACAUCAACGAGAGAAUGCGAUCUAUCUUGAUUGACUGGCUAAUUGAGGUGCAUCACAAGUUUGAGCUCAGGGAAGAGACGUUGUUCCUGACAGUCAAUUUGAUUGACCGGUUCUUGGAGAAGCAAGGUAUUGUUAGAAAGAAGCUUCAGCUUGUUGGAUUAGUUGCAAUGCUACUAGCAUGCAAGUAUGAGGAGGUUUGUGCUCCACUGGUGGAGGAUCUGGUGUUAAUUUCGGACAAAGCCUAUACAAGGAAGGAGGUUCUUGAAAUGGAAAACAUGAUGCUCAACACACUGCAGUUUAAUAUGUCAGUCCCAACUGCAUAUGUAUUUAUGCGAAGAUAUCUCAAGGCUGCUCAAUGUGAUAGGAAGCUUGAGCUGCUGUCUUUCAUGUUGGUUGAGCUUUGCCUUGUGGAGUAUGAAAUGCUCAAAUUUCCACCAUCCUUCAUAGCUGCUGCAGCAAUCUAUACAGCUCAGACCACACUCUACGGUGUCCAGCAGUGGAGCAAGACGUGCGAGGUGCACACAACUUACUCAGAAGAUCAACUUCUGGAGUGCUCGAGAUCGAUUGUUGGCUACCACCAGAAGGCAGCAACAGGGAAACUAACAGGGGUACAUAGGAAAUACAGCAUAUCGAAAUUUGGUUAUUCAGCCAAGUGUGAGCCUGCCCAUUUUCUUGUGCAGCAGACACAACAAUAGAGGAGAAAAGAGGGGCAUGUACAGUUAUUACUAACUUUAUAUGCAAUUGGGGGAUAUAUUGGGGUAAUGGAGAAUUUAUAGGAAAAAAGAUAACUUAGCAACUGUGGUUGCCCCGGGGAAUUUCAUUAUUUCUUUUUAUAGAGUUCAUUGUUGUUGCACUUUUACUAUGUUCAACAUUUGAACAUGCCUGGAUUUUCAGUUUCAGUUACAGUUUUUCAUUUACAAACAGAAAUAAAAAGUCAAAACUUUUCACA